AUUAAAAUGAUGAAUUGGUUCAAACCCAAGUACCAGAGGGUUCCAUCCUCAGAAAACUAUGAUUUUGGAGUGAUUCCGAAAAGGCGAGGCAAUCGAAAACAAUGGACAGCGGCUUUUUUCAUCAUGAUCUUUGUUCUCCAUUAUUACUGGACAGUAUCUUCAAUGCAACCCGAAACGUCUAAAACAAAACUCUAUGGUUGUCUAAACAGGUCAGAUGUGAAUAAUGAAGUUGCCUAUAACAUUCACAUGUAUCACUAUAUCUUCGCGUUGGUCAUAUCAUUCUGUUGCGCCAUAAUCGGUAAAGCCAUCCAAUGCUUCUGUGUCUUCACCGAGGAAAUUCGCCACAUUGAUAGUCGCCAUAACAAUUCAUAUUGGUUGGCAUUCAAGAGCUGCUUCCAGGUGUUCUUCACCAAGGCGUCGUCUUUAGGAGUUGGUGUGAUGGUUUUUGGUGUGAUUUUAAUGAGGAUAACUUAUGAGCAACUAUUUGAUCAUCACGUUGCCCACUUCCUUUACUGGCCUUCAUUCAUAUCAUCGGUUGGCGUUGCAAUGAUUACGAACUACAUGUUUGGCUUUAAGACAUUAUCUGUUGUUGAAUUAAGCGAGAUUCAUGAAUCCACUAAUACAAAUGUUGCCCAGGGCCUAGCAUGGAGCUACUUCACUGGAUACCUGAAGAUCAUCCUACCACAUCUGAAAGACAAAAUAAAUGAAGACACUAGAUGGAAAAAAGAACUGGAAGAUAAAAACUUGCCAUGCAUAGUAUUUGCCAUUGUGCCGCUCAACUGUAAAAUUCCUGCUAAACUUGGAGAUGAUGAAGUCAAACAUGAAGGAAUUACAUACGUUAGUAAUCUGCCAAAGUUGGAGAUUGAUCGAGCGGGAAUAAAAAAACGUGUGUAUUUCAACUCUGUGUACCAAAUUCAAAAUAGCAAAGGCCAUACAAUUCACGCCAUCUGUGAAUAUGUGACGGUCGUUGAUACGUUGUUCCAGAUGCCCUGGUCUGAUGCUAUCGACCCCAAGACGCGCGAAGAACAAUGUCGCCUGCUUGUCAGAAUUCUGGAGGAAUUGAUUGAUAAUGAUAGUGACUGUAGAAACCGGUGCAAGAUAGUAGUGUUGUCAGGUGAAGACAGGCCUCUUUUGAGAGAUGUCCUUUAUGACAAGAUCCAAGAACCCAAAAUGGACAUUUCUGAAUAAGAAUUUAUGAUAGAAAAUUCAACUGGUUUACUGUACUUUCCUGUUUUUUUUUUUGUGUGUGUGUAUCCCAUUGAGAUAUCAACAGUUGUGUUUCUAUGUGGUGGGCGGGGAGUAGGUGUUCUUUUUAUUAGUGCAUUAUUAACACUGAAUAAUUCUACUCAAACACCAUUUCAUAUGAAAAGAAAAGUAAAAAUAUCACAGUGCCACAUAUUUUUGCCAUAGAAAACUAUGCUUAUAUAUACCAUUGAACUAAACAUUUUAUUCAAAAGUUCAUAUUUUAUGUCAGAGAUAAAAUAAGCAUUUUAAACUUAAUAUAUGAUCCUGUAAGCUUGUACAUAUUCCUGUGUAUUAUUCACUUAAUAGUAUUCAGUCAAUGGUGAGAGCAAAUAUUCAAGAACACAGCCAAGUUAAAGACGUGUUUAUGGCAAGUUAAAUCAUAGAGAAAAGAAGCAGCCUAGUGUUUCUUGUUCUAUGGUUCAAUUAUGAAUAUAUUGUCUAUAUAAAGGAACAAUAGGGUUUUAAUUGCAUUGUAUAUACACAGUAUUCCGCUUUUAAUUAUUGAAUUGUUAAAACUUUAUUUUCAUUCUUGUACCAAAGUCGUUUUUUACUGUAUUUAAUAUAAAUUUAUAAUCUUAAGUUUAAUAUAUUGUUGAAUAACGAAUAUUAAACUUAAUAUAUGAUCCUGUAAGCUUGUACAUGUUCCCGUGUAUUAUUCACUUAAUAGUAUUCAGUCAAAGGUGAGAGCAAAUAUUCAAGAACACAGCCGUGUUUAUGGCCGCAAGUGAAAUCAUAGAGCAAAGAAGCAGUGUUUUUUGUUCUAUGGUUCAAUUAUAAAUAUAUUGUCUAUAUACAGGAACAACAGGGUUUUAAUUGCAUUGUAUAUACACAGUAUUCAGAUUUUGAUUAUUGAAUUGUUAAAACUUUAUUUUCAUUCUUGCGGUACUAAAAUAGUUUUUUUACUGUAUUCAAUGUAAAUUUAUCUUAAGUAUAUUUAUGUUUCUGAUAAACAAAUUAAGUGUUCAAUAAAACAAGGACUAAUUUGUAAUUUUAAAAGCUCUAAACUUUCAGCAUUCUGUAAUGAUACUGUGUUUUAAAAGUAUUAAAAUUCCUU